AUAAUUUCAAAACCAGAAUGUCUAUUUCUUCUUCUCCUUCUUCCUCCUCCGGAUUGUUUCCAAGAACCCAUCUUUUCAGAGAGAACAGAGAGAUUUCUUUGAGGAGGAGGAGGAGAAGUCUCUGUUUCAGAAGCAGAGUGAGGGCUCUCAUGGGUUCCGAGGGGGAGUCGAAGGCGAAGAUUCUGGUGGCAGGAGGGGGGAUUGGGGGGCUGGUUUUCGCGCUGGCGGCGAAGAAGAAGGGGUUUGGGGUGGCAGUGUUCGAGAGGGAUUUGAGCGCCGUGAGAGGGGAGGGGCAGUACAGGGGACCGAUUCAGAUACAGAGCAACGCCUUGGCGGCUCUGGAGGCCAUAGACAUGGAGGUUGCUGAUGAGAUCAUGGGCGCCGGCUGCAUCACCGGCGACCGGAUUAAUGGUCUGGUUGAUGGGGUUUCCGGAAACUGGUUUGUGAAGUUUGAUACAUUCACUCCUGCAGUAGAACGUGGACUUCCAGUAACAAGAGUGAUCAACCGCAUGACUUUGCAACAGAUCCUUGCUCGUGCCGUAGGGGAGGACAUUAUCAUGAAUGAAAGCAAUGUGGUCAACUUCAAGGAUGAAGGAAACAAGGUUACAGUUAUUCUUGAGAAUGGCCAGAAAUAUGAAGGCGAUCUUCUAGUGGGUGCUGAUGGAAUACGGUCCAAGGUAAGAGAACAUUUGUUUGGGCCACAGGACACUACUUACUCGGGUUACACUUGUUACACGGGGAUUGCAGAUUUUAUUCCUCCUGAUAUUGAGACCGUGGGGUACCGAGUUUUUCUGGGCCACAAACAAUAUUUUGUUUCUUCAGACGUAGGUGGGGGGAAAAUGCAGUGGUAUGCCUUUCAUAAUGAACCAUCCGGUGGAGUAGAUGGGAUAAAUGGUAAAAAGGAGAGAUUGCUAAACAUAUUUGAAGGUUGGUGCGACAACGUGAUAGAUGUAUUGCUUGCAACAGAUGAAGAUGCAAUUCUUCGGCGUGACAUUUAUGAUAGAACUCCAUCUUUCACUUGGGGUAAGGGUCAUGUCACCUUACUCGGGGACUCAAUCCAUGCUAUGCAGCCAAAUUUGGGUCAAGGGGGAUGCAUGGCUAUAGAGGAUGGGUAUCAACUAGCUCUUGAGCUUGACAAAGCUUGGAAGCGAAGUGUUGAGUCAGGAAUGCCUAUAGAUAUCACCUCAUCAUUAAAGAGUUACGAGAGAGAAAGAAGGCUAAGGGUUGGAAUCAUCCAUGGGCUAGCAAGAAUGGCUGCAAUGAUGGCAGGGACUUAUAAGGCCUACUUAGGUGUAGGACUCGGCCCAUUAUCCUUCUUGACUAAAUUUAGGAUCCCACACCCGGGAAGAGUUGGCGGGAGAGUCUUAAUAGAACUGGUGAUGCCUAUAAUGCUUAGUUGGGUCCUGGGAGGCAAUGGAGGAAAACUCGAAGGAAGGACAUUGCAUUGUAGACUAUCAGAUAAGGCAAAUGAUCAGCUGAGGAAAUGGUUUGAAGAUAGCGAUGCAUUGGAGCGUGCCAUGAAAGGAGAAUGGUUUCUAACUCCUAUUAAGAACGCAAUCUCCGCUUCAGAACCCAUUUUCUUAAGCAGGGACGAAAAGACGCCCUACAUUGUUGGUUCUGUAGCUCAUCCAAACUUCCGAGGAAUGUCAGUAGUCAUAAAUUCGACCAAGGUCUCGGAAUUGCAUGCCCGAAUAAGCUACAAAGAUGGGGCUUUUUUUGUGACUGAUUUGCGGAGUAAAUAUGGCACAACGAUCACAGACAAUGAAGGCAGAUGCUAUCACGUGCCUCCCAACUUUCCAGCCCGUUUUCGCCCAUCGGACAUCAUUCAGUUUGGCUCCGACAAGGCUGGCUUUCGGGUAAAGGUGGCGACCAAAGUUCCGGCAAGGCUUCUUGCGGGCGAGAACAAAGAUAGCAGCAGAGUUCUGCCCCUCUAUAGUGUGGUACCUGCAGACUGAAUUGAAAUGGCACAGAAUUUAUGACAGUGGCUGGGGAUGCAAUGCUGCUGCAUUUUGUACAACAAUGUACAGAUUGAAUCAGGAAGAUGAAACUUCUAAUUGCACUGCAAAGGGGAAGAUGAUAUAUACAUGAAAUAAUCUCCCCUCUUAUAAUUGCUUCUUGUAUUAUAUGUUAAGAGAUAAUUGCGAGAUAAUUGCUUCUUGUAUUAUAUGUUAAGAGAUAAUUGCUUCUUGUAUUAUAUGUUUAGAGAUAUAUAUAGUUUUUCUGGCUCUUUCAUCUUAAGCUUGAACUUUUA